AUGUCAGGAGAAACCCCCAAAACCCACAAAGCUGCCAUAUACGAUAAUCCGGGCACAAUAAGCACGAAGAUUGUUGAUGUUGCAACUCCGGAACUCAACGUGGGAGAAGUUUUGGUCAGACUCACCCAUUCGGGUGUUUGCCACUCAGACCUAGCCGUCAUGACCAAUUCAUGGGAUGUCAUGCCCCAUCCCACUCCAAAGGGUCAAGUAGGCGGUCACGAGGGUGUUGGGGUAGUUGUUAAGCUGGGCCCCGGAGUGAAGGAUACAAUUAUGAAGAUCGGAGACAGAGUUGGUAUCAAAUGGGUAGGAAGUGUCUGCAAUCGCUGCGCGGCCUGCAUAGAUCAAGCUGAUGGGGUCUGCUUCGGGCGAACCAUCUCAGGGUAUUUCAGACCAGGCACAUUUCAGCAAUAUGUGGUUGGACCAGUCGAUUAUGUGACUCUAAUACCGGAUUCCCUCUCUUCGGCAGACGCCGCGCCUAUGCUCUGUGCCGGCAUCACCAUGUAUGCGGCGUUGCGGAAAUCCAAUGCGCGUGGAGGUGACUGGCUUGUCAUAUCCGGAGCCGGUGGUGGACUUGGCCACAUUGGAGUCCAGGUUGCUGCCCGAGGACUUGGACUUAGAGUCAUCGGCAUUGACCAUGAGAGCAAGAAACAACUGGUAAUGGACAGCGGGGCCGAACAUUUUGUCGAUGCCACGAAAGGAGACUCUGCGUCAAUUAUCGAGGAAGUGAAGAGCCUCACUGACAAUUUGGGUAGCCAUGCCGCAAUUGUUUGCGCAGCCAGCAACGACGUCUACACACAAGCUUUACAAUUCCUGAGGUUUGGUGGCACCUUGGUGUGUGUCAGCAUACCGGAAGGAGUUUCUGUACCCAUUGGCAGUGCGAAACCUUCCCGCCUCAUCGUAUCCCAGCUGAACAUUACGGCCGUUUCAGUGGGAAAUAAGAAAGAUGCGGAGGCUAUUUUAGAGAUGGCGGCCCGAGGAAUUGUUAAGACAAAGUAUACUCUAGAGCCACUGGAAAACCUCACGGAUAUAUUCCAGCGCAUGUCUACAGGGAAUUUGCAGGGCAGAGUAGUCGUUGGGAUUUGA